AUGCAUGGUAGAACUUUGUGGAAUGCUUUGCUAGACUUAGAUUUGGCGAAUAUUGCUUCUGAGCUGAGCGAAAGGCAGCAGAGGAUAUUGACGUCAAGAACUCAGUGGUUUGUUUCUUUGGCUGGAUCGCUGCUGUCCACUACUAACGAGACCUACAUCCAGAACAGGGACAUUUGCUUUGAAAUGAUCGGAUUACUACUGGAGUGCAAAAGCAAAGUCGCCUACAUUAGUAUUCUUUUUCAGGAGUGGGGGAAAAUGUAUGACAUAGCUGAAGCAAAAAUGGCCUGGUAUGUUCCCGGUGAGAAGGGUAAAGAACUGGUGGAAGCAUUGCUGAAAAAGUUUCUAUUUCCUGUAGUCGAGUCCCUGAAGGAUAAGAACAUGGACAGGGAGUCGCUAAAGAAGGCGUUCACCAUUCUAAAUUUCGGAUUCAGUGGAGGCGUAACAUGUUUUGCGCUACCGUCGUCGCCACCUUUCCGUUCUGCUCAUAGUGUGCUACCAUGGUUCAAACCGGAUUCCAUAAAUCCUUCGUUCUUCACUGGGGGUACUCUUGAUUCCAUUGUCUGA